UCAGCACAGGGACAACUUGACGGCAACAAGACGCUGUUCAUUCAUUUUUACACCAGCAGGCAUGCUUCAUGGAGCCACCAGCACUGCUCCUGCCGUCUGGAGAAAGAGUUGUUUCACUUUCCUCAGCCUGUUUCUUAACUUUUCACGGCCAUAACACUAUGGACCCGCUGUGGACAGAGACCGGCGCUCCGGUACGGCAUGCAAAUACGUACUCUGACGUCGGCGAUCAUGUGGCUUUUGGCGUAGAUCCUCCUUGUGAUCGCCAAUUUUUUCUUUCCUGUCGCCUGUUGUCUGCUCGGUUAUUGGACCGCCGUGAGAGUGUUUAAAACACAUUUGGCUUAUUUCUUCGCUCAGCAGUCGCUUUGGGAUUGUACUGCACUACCUGAGCAUCGCGCCAAAACGGUGGGCAGGUAGCAUCCUGUCAUGCAGUUCCGGGAGGGACAGCACUGGAGCUGACACCCUCAGCGAGCCCGGCCUGCACUACACCACAACAGUCCCAUCUCUACCAGACCUUCACCUUUCACUGCCCUCCUCUCUCUCCAGCCACUAAUCUUACCCCAAGCGAAGACUGUUCUUCAGACUUGUUGGCUGCUCACUCCCAUCCCAGAAACUGUCCUGUGCUCGCUGCCUCUCUUAAUAUAAAAGAGAGGCCUGUAUUUGGGUCCUAGUACAAGCCAGUCCUCCUGGUUAUUCUUCUGUACCUUAUAUCUUCUGUCCACCCACCACUCUGUGAGAGUAGUCCUGCAUCCUGGGCACCUCAGUCUCCUUUAUAUCAUCACUGGCCAAGCACAGGCACCAAGUGAGGACAGCUGUCCACCCAGACAAACCCAGGACCUACCAUCAUCAUGUCCAGUCGACGGAAGGCCUCCACUCCCUGUAUGAUCCGACCAGAGCAGACCAUGGUGGAGCUGGAUGAUGAGGCAGAAGAAUCACACGACAUGGAGACAAAAAUAGAGAACCAUACUGAAGAGGGACCUAUGGAAACGGAUCUCUCAACAGAGGCAGAGCCUUCUGUGGAAUUAGACCUGAUGGGUAAGGCCUCGGACCCUCCGUCAGCUCCAGACAAACCAACAACCGAGCCACCGGACCUUUCCAAGCCUCAGCGUAGGCAGCAGGGGGGCUAUGAGUGUAAAUACUGCCCCUUCUCCACACAGAACCUCAACACUUUCAAAGAACAUGUCGACGCCAACCACCCUAACGUCAUUCUCAACCCCCUGUACCUGUGUGCUGUCUGUAACUUCAACACAAAGAAGUUCGACACCCUGACGGAACACAACGAGAGGUGUCACCCAGGGGAGAGCAACUUUAAAUUCAAACGCAUCAAAAUGAACAAUCAGACAAUCUUAGAACAGACAAUAGAGGGCUGCAGUAAUAAUGCAGUCAUUUACAACACUUCCAGUGUCAUUUCUGGUAAAGGGGACGAACUAGGCACACUGCCACUUGGCAAACCCACCACAGUCAAGAUCGGUAAACAAAAAAUAAUGUCGUUGGAUAAUAAACGGACAGAAUCCCAGUUGUGUAAACUGACAUCCGAUAUGGCCAAGAAACCAAUCACAGCGGUCAACGUGAAUGGGACAGUUAUCAUCCCUGAGUCGACUCUACUCAAAGCAGACGGCCUUUCUCACAUCAUGCCUUCCCUACAGCGGCCUCUAAACUAUACCCAGGUGCCGAAGAUCGCAGUGCCCCUCAACACAACCAAAUACAACCCUACGCUGGACGACAACCUGACACUCAUCUCUUCCUUCAACAAGUUCCCCUAUCCAACACAGGCUGAGCUCUCCUGGCUCACCGCAGCCUCAAAACAUCCAGAGGAGCAAAUCAAAGUCUGGUUCACCACACAAAGGCUCAAACAGGGAAUUAGCUGGUCCCCUGAGGAGGUGGAAGAAGCCAGGAAGAAAAUGUUCAAUGGCACAAUCUCCUCUGUGCCUCAGACCUUCACCGUGGUAGCACCUCAGAUCAACUCCCAGUCAUCCACCCACCCGCCUGUCCCCACUUCAGCCUCCAAACACAUGCAGCCGGCAGCCUCUGUCCUGCAGUCCCUCCCCUGUCAGCUCCUGGGACAGACCAGCCUGGUGCUGACUCCUGUAGCUAACGGCUCCACUGUCACUUGUGCACCGCUCGCACUCACCGUGGCUAACCAGGUACAAAACAUGGGGCAGAACUUGUACAGACACAGGAACACAACCAAGGUGGCACAGUCGCUCAAACGACCCCUGGCCUCUCCUGUGAUUGCCACAGAAAGUAAACGACCCUCCAUCAUUCAAACCAUCUCGGCGCCCAUGGUCACAUCCAAGAUGGUAUCACCCAAAUUGCUGAGUUUCACAGUUGACCCCAAUAAAACAGCUGAGCAGCUAUCAGUACUGAGGUCCAGCUACACACAGUGUCCUUUCCCUGAGGAAGAUGAGAUCUACAGGCUGAUAGAGACCACCGGCCUGUCCAGAGGAGAGAUAAAGAAGUGGUUCAGUGAACAGAGGCUCCUUAAUCUGAAAGGUGUGCCUCCACCUCCAGUGCUGGUGAAAGCAGAGGUGACACCAGCACCCAAAGAUGGUCCUGUAAAGAAAGCGGUUCCCAGCCAGUUUCCCCUGCUGGAGAGGGUGAAGGGGAAAUCAUCAGAGCAGCUGAAGGCGCUGGAGGAGAGUUUCCAGAGAAGCAGCUCUCCAACAGAGGCAGAUCUAGACCAGCUGGCCCAGGAGACCAGGCUGUCCAAGACGGAGGUGGACUGCUGGUUUUCAGAGCGCAGGGGACUGAGGGACAACAUGGAGAAGGCUUUACUCACCAUGGCUUCAAAGAACACAGAGGACAGAGUAGACCGGCCAGGAGCGCUGCUGAACGGGGCUUCUCAUCGGGAGCAGGAUGGGAAACCUCUACACUCCUCUCCUCAUCCACCUGUCCUCUCCUCUUCCUCCUCCUCAUCCUCCCCUCCUGUGCUCGCAGCCUCCUCCCCUCAUCCACCAACCCUGUCCUGCUCAGCAUCACCUCCCAUCCUCACUUCAUCCUCCUCCUCUUCUCCCCAUCCUCCCAUCCUGUCGGCCUCCACGAGCCCAGCACCCAUCACCAGCCGCUCCCUCACCCUGCUCAGAGAGAUGUUCUGUCGGACUCAGUGGCCAUCUCCUGAGGAGUACAGCCAGCUGGAGGUCCAAACAAGCCUAGGGCGCACCGACAUUGUCCGCUGGUUCAAGGACCACCGCUCAGCACUGAAGAACGGUGAAACUCUGGAUUGGAUGGAAGGUUUCCAAAACCAAAACCUUGCAGAGCAGAAGAAAGCUGGCCAAGAACAGAAUGGCCAGAGUUCUGAGAAAAAACAGUGUGUUUCCUUGGAAGUCAAGGCUGUGAAAGUGGAGGAGGCUGGUGAGAACACAGCAGUAGCUACAGAGCACUCCAAGCUGUCUGACCAAGACAAAGUCCAGUGGUUGACUGACAGAUUAGCCCACAGUGUGACGGACCUGAGCCGGACCAGACUGGACCAGACCAGCUCUAGCACUGCUGACAAAGGGAGGUGGGUAAAGGUGACUGUGGCAGUGGGGGAGGAGAGUGAAGAAGGCAUGGAAAGACAGAGGCUGGCAACAGACACAGACGUUCUGACCUUGGAGCAACCUGGCAGGGUCACUGGUUGAUGGUCGAGUAAAUCAUUGACUGCUGAGUCACCGACCAUCAUGCAACAAUUCAAGACGACCAAAUGUGGAACCAGUGAUGUAACUGUCUGCCUAUGAUGUCAUCACAAAGCGCCAGGGACUUUGUAGGUUCCACUGUUCAAGCACUGAAGGUGGUGCAGAUGCUGACAUUAAGAGGAGUGCCAAAGCUGGACUUGAUGCAUUGUUCUUACUACUACUACUACACUUGUUUUGUUUUUUUGUUGUUUUUUUAAAGAAGCACCCUUGUAAAUAUUUUUCUGUAUUACAAAAAAAGUUUGUACAGUUUCACUGGGAGGGCAAGUUUUGUUACAUUUAAAAAAAAAAAAAAAAAAAAAAAAAGUCUGACUGGUGCCCCAAAAUCUGGAAUGUUUUUUUUUUGUUGUUGUUUUUAAGAUCAAAGUCUAUGAUAGUCUGUUAUUUGCUUAUUUUUUUGAGAAUCAUACCUGCGCUCUACUCAUUAUGAGUAGUCUUUGAUGGCACUUGCAUAUAUCCCCAUAGUAGUGAUAGAUAUUUACAUGCUAGGCCACUUCAUCUCAAACUGUUGGGAAACAGUUACUUUUCCUUUUUCUCCUGCAGCGUCACCUUGACUCGCCCUCAUAGAAGUACGCUGGUGAAGGUGGAAAUCACUCAAAAGUGCGACAGGUGCAGUUAGGAGUGACAGUGCUUUGGGUAAUCUGAACACAGUUACAGCCUCACUGCUGAGAGGUCAGACUGAAUGAACACAAACAGCCACAUGGGCAGACCAAGACAAAUGAAUGACAAGAGCGAAAUGAAUGAAUGCACUGUACGUACUAUACUUCUGGAAUCUUUUCUAAUCCGCUGGUUCUUGCAUCAGUGCCUGAGGCAUGUUGAAGAGGCUUAAACAGUACAGAAUGUUCUCUUUCCUGAUAUAGAAAUGAUUAAUCACAUAGAGAAGAGAGUGGAGUGUCUGUUUGAUCACACCAUGCUGCCUUUUCAGCUCUCUUAUCUAACAUUUGCUGUCUGUCUCAGACCUGGGUACAGUACAGACUGGUGAUGAUAAUUUCAGUUUAUCACUUCUUUGUUUUAAAAACUUGAAAUAUUCUUGACUGAACUUACCAAGAACAUUCUGGCUAAAGUGUUCCACGCAUGAUAAAAUAACUGAAGCUCCUUUAUUUGAGCCAUUUCAGAUAUCCAUUUUGCUCAGCUGUGUCCUCUUCUCUCUAGACUUUCUGGCCUUUGGAGGGUCCUUCGAUUCAAAGCUGGAUUGGCUUUAGUUGAUUUCUAUACCGUCAGUUCAGAACACCUGAAACAGUGGUUAAUGAAUCUGCAAGUCACAGAGAUAAAUGAUCAAACCUGUGCUAAUUUCCUGAAAAACAGCAAAAAGCAUUUGGAAUAUCACAACAGCCACAGCUGUCAUGGACUGCUUGCAUGUGCUUCAACAAUUUUCAUUUUUACCAACUCAUUUCCUAAAAUGAUUUAAAGGGAUCUCUGUGAUGUAUGGCUCAAAUUGCAAGUGCUUGCAAUAUUUGUGCAAGUUAAGUUAAGUUGAACUGUCAUUUAAAACUGGUUUGAACAGCAGGUGUAUGGCUGUUUGCUGGCUGAACGUCUUGUUGCUGCUGCUUUAGUUUCAUGUUCAGAUAAGUAUCUGGGAUACUGUACAUUUGUUUGGCUAGUGCGGAAAACCGCUUGCAUUUUCAUUUUCUACUUUAAGUCUGCUGUAAGUCAAUAAAUACACAACCAACUGUAAAACA